GGAAGGAGGAAGAUGCGGCAGAAACGGGGAGGCAGCAGGGCCCCCCAUCUCGGCCAGCCUGGAAGACCCACUGCCUUGGACCCACCGAGCCCUGCAGUCCCUGCCCUCUCCAGUCUGGCGUGAACGCAGCGCCUCCCCCCCUUCUGUCCAGGGGGGGCUUAGAACAAAAGAGACACCCCCCUGCACUGCCAGAGCCCAGCAUGAGAAGGGUUGUGCAGCUGGUACUUUUUUGCCCCCUCUCCAUGGGGCUGCAGAGCCGUCUUCCUGGCAUCAAGGUCAAGUACCUAUUUUUUGCCUGGCUGGGCAUUUUUGUGGGCAGUUGGGUGGUCUACAUGCAUUACUCGUCCUAUUCAGAACUCUGCAGAGGACACGUCUGUCAGAUGAUCAUUUGUGACCAAUAUAAUAAAGGAAUAAUUUCUGGGUCGACAUGUAAAGACCUUUGCAAGGAGCAUACACUGGUGUUCCAGCACUGCCUCUCGUCCUCUCCCACCCAGCAGGUAUACAGUGGCCUCUGGAAAGAGAAGGAGGUGAUAAUCAAAUGUGGCAUUGAAGAGGCCCUCAAGGCCGAUGGCAACCCUGACUCAGCCCCCAGGAGAGAUGUGGUCCUUUUCAGCAAGCCGACACGAGGGACAUCAAUGGAUGAGUUCAAGGAGAUGCUCCUGAAUUUCUUAAAAUCCAAUCUAGGCGACCAGGUCUCCUUCACCAACUUAGUGAACAAGAUAAUGGCCAUGGCGGAUGUCAGUCGAGAUGGAAAACUGUCGCUGGCGGAGGCGAAAUCCAUCUGGGCACUGCUGCAGUUGAACGACUUCUUGCUGACGCUCUCCCUGCAUGAGAAGGAGCACACCUCCCAGCUGCUGGGGCACUGCGGGGACCUGUACGUCACGGAGAAGAUCCGCCACACCUCCCUCUAUACUGUGGAGGUCCCUCGCUUCCUGCAGCCACUGCUGCCCGCGGCCAUCCACAGGGUCCUCCACCGGUGGUUCUCCCCAGCCUGGCCACAGAGAGCGAAGAUCGCCAUUGGCCUCUUGGAGUUUGUGGAGGAGAUCUUCCACGGGAUGUACGGCAACUUCUACAUCUGUGAGGCGGGCUUCAAGAACAUGGGCUACAAUGACAGGCAUGACUUCAAGAUGGUGGACCUCCGGAAGGUGGCAACAGAGAUGACCAUCCGGGGCUUCCUCAAAGGGCGCCACUGCGAGCAGAACGUGGACUGCACCUACGGGAGGGACUGUGUGGCCCCCUGCGACAAGCUCAUGAAGCAGUGCAAGAGUGACGUGGUUCAGCCCAACCUGGCCAAGGUGUGUGGGCUUCUGCAGGAGUACUUGCUCCACGGGGCUCCCUCCGAUCUGAAGGAUGAGCUUCAGAAGCAGCUCAAGACCUGCACAACCCUCAGCGGCUUGGCCAGCCAGAUGGAGGUCCACCACUCACUGGUGCUCAGCAGCCUCAAGACACUCUUGUGGAAGAAAAUAUCAAAUACCAAAUAUUCAUAAGUGUGGGACGCUGAAAACCACUGAUGUUGCACACAGAGGAUCACAGAAUAGGAAGAGGGCUAGGGAGCACUCUGCUCUCGCCCCCUGCCCCCCAAAGUAUGCAAGCAGGAAGAUUUAGCACCAGGGGGGAAAGGACAAGUGGAAUAACCAAUGGGUCCUCCUCCCUUUCGGAUGGACAGACUGUCAGUGAAGCAAGGGAAAUUGUUUUGGAUGAACAGCUUCUGAUGUAAAUAAAU